GGUGACACGGCGAUUAGAUAGGGCGAGCGGCCACGUCAGUCGGCGCGAUGAAGGUGUGUGCGGCGGCGGCAGUGGUGCUGGCGGCUUGGCUCGCCGCGGCGGCGGCGGGGGCGGCGGGCCAGGAGCCCCUGGUGCGUGUCUCCGAGGGCCUCGUGCGGGGCACCACGCUGUCCACCCGCCUCAACGCCACCGUCUACUCCUUCCUGGGCGUGCCGUACGCCCGGCCUCCCGUCGGCGACCUGCGCUUCAGGGACCCGGUGGCCGCCGAGUCGUGGGACGGUGUGCUGGACGCCUCCAGGGACCGCGAGGUGUGCGCCCAGCGCACGCACCCCGAGAGGAAGAUAGUGGGCCACGAGGACUGCCUUCACCUCAACGUGUACACCACCAGGUUACUGAACGACAGCGACAAGAGCGCGGAGCUGUGGGAUGUGGUGGUACUCCUGCACGCCGGGGGAUUCUCUCACGGUUCUGCCAACAGCGUGGACUACUGUCCCGACAACCUGUUGGACAACCCAGUCGUCUUGGUGGCUCCCAACUACAGACUAGGGGCUUUUGGGUUCCUGAGCACGGGCGACGGCGAGGCGGCGGGCAACUACGGCCUCAAGGACCAGCUGCUGGCGCUGCGCUGGGUGCGGAGGAACGUGGCGGCCUUCGGGGGCGACCCGGGCCGCGUGACCCUGCUGGGAGCCCAGGCGGGCGCCGCCAGCGCUCACUUGCACAUGCUGUCGCCGCGGUCGCAGGGCCUGCUCCACGGGGCCGUCUCGCAGUCGGGCACGGCGCUGCUGCCGUGGGCGCUGGUGCCCCUCGACGUGGCCCGGGAGCGCGCGCUCAGGCUGGCCGAGCUGGUCGGCUGCCGCAAGCGCGACCUGGAGACCAGCCGGGCGCUGCUGCAGUGCCUGCGCAGGAAGCCGGCCGACGAGAUCUCGCGCCACUCCGCCGGCACCAUGGACCGAGUGAGCGAGAUGGUGUACCCGUUUGUGCCCGUGGUGGACCGGGACUUCCUGCCGGCACACCCUGCACGGCUGAUGCAGGAGCCGGGCGCUGGCGUGCCGUGGAUGGUGGGCGUGGCCAGCCACGAGGGACUGCCCCUCGCCCUGCAGGCAAUGGUGUUCCCGGCCCUCAAGGACGGCCUGAACGACGAGACGGAGAAGUUCCUGGUGAAGUUCGUAGGGCUGGACACGGUGCGGCCUGCAACCACAGCUUCUAGCAUCGCCAGUCAGCUGUGGCAGUUCUACAUGGGCAACGACACGCUGGAGUAUUCAACCAUCACCCAGCUGGCUCAGAUCAUCUCGGACUACCACUACUUCCACGGAGUUCUGCGGAGUGUGCGAACACAAUCCGCGGCCAGAGCUGCUCCCAUAUUCGUGUACGAGUUUGCCUACAACAGCCGGGACAAUGUCAUGGCUCUUGGCGUGCCGCAAGGAGACGACACGGAGUUCCUGUUCCCCAACAUCAUCGCAGAGGUGAAGCUGGUGCUGAAGGAGAAGGACGUGCCGCUGUUCAACAGGCUCGUGCGGCUCGUGCUGAACUUCGCCAAGCACGGGAACCCCACCCCCGGACAGUCCGUGGAGCUGGGCAACCUCACCUGGCCGCCCGCCACUCCUGACAACUUCCGCUUCCUGCGGAUAGCCAAAGAGCUGACUGUCGAGACGCAGUUUUACCCGAAGCGCAUGGCCUUCUGGGACAACAUCCAGCAGCAGCUGUCCACGCCCGCCUCGCAGGUCAAGGACGAGCUGUGAAACUGCUCCUGACCGAUCACCCUGUUUGAGAAUGGUGCAUCAGUUCCAUAGACCUAACAUGGAAGGCGCAGUCGAAAAUGUGUCACCACCAUCUUAAAUGGUAUACACGCUAAUGAACAUUUGAUAGAAAAAUCAGUAAGGUAUUUAAUAAUAAUAAAAAAAAGGACUUUUUCUUCACGUAAACCUAGGUAUUGCGACAAACUUAUACUGAACAUUAAAACUACUUUAAAAAUCGUUAUUUCUACAAAUAUAUAUGCAUUUUGUUAUACUUGGAAGUAGCGUCUCAUCAGCAUGGUUGUUAGACAAGAAACCACUACACUAAGUGACGCUGUGGAAGGCAUCAGCCAUGGUUUAUCAUAAAGAACUGUCUCAGCAUUGGUCCAGUGAUUUCUGAAAACCCCAGGCCACUGAAAUCAGGAUGACGCAACUCCGGUUACAGCGUCUUACAACUGUGCCACCUUGUUCCAUACAUUCACAUUUCAUUACCGGAAACCAUAUUUAGAAUUGCAUAACAAAAUACACGCACUCUAGAAAUGAUUCAAAUUCUGUUUAUAACCAUGCAAUUAUGUUUACUUUACUUAGAAAUAAUUUUAUGUGAUCAUUAAUAUGUUGCAUUUGUACGUUGUGCAAGAUCGAGUCAUAUUUAAGUCGUGGAACACUAAGCCAUGAUUUCAAUAAUACUUAUGAGAAUCAUGAAUUGGAUAGAAAUAAAAAUGCAUAGCAUAUGAAGAAA